AUGCGUCCCUUGUUGAGGCCUCCACUGUCACAUGACAACCUGGAAGAAGCAGAGCAUGCUGCCCCUCAUCGAGGCCAAGCAAACUGGGCGGAACAACAUCCAUUGUCAGAUGGGGCAGACAUUUUGCUCACUGUCAUUCAUCGCCUAGUAGAAGGCAAUGAUCUGGGAGAAGGAGAUCAAACAGGAUAUGACAAUGCGCGAUACUGGGACGCGGGGGGUCCAAAAUUGCUCUCUACACUGGCUUGUCAUCCAGUCCGAGCAGCAUUAGCAGCCUUGGCCAGAAUUGAAACGAACGAGAUGCCUGAAGGAAGGUGA